UACUCAUGGAGCCACCCGUCCUUCCAUUAAGAAACAUCCAUCCAACCUAGAGAAGGUGAGAGAGAAGAGAAGAGAAAUAGACCAAGGUAACCGGUUCUUGCCUGACACCUGUCUCGGUGGCCAAUCAUGGCCACCGUAGGGCAGCCUGGCGCCAUGAGAAGGAUCACCGUGCACUACAGCAACUCGCCUACCCGGAACACGGGAGAUGCAAACCUUGAAGGCCUAGACGACGAUCACCUCCCGUUCGUGCUUGGUGAUGUUCUCCAAGAUCAGGAGGACUUGUACCAAUCGAUCUUGGAAGAAGCACACAGAAACCAAAACCAUAUGAGAGGUGCCCCAUCUGAUCAAGCACAGCACUAUCAUGGGGAAAGCAGCACUGGCGCAGUAGCAACUGCUUCCAGAACUUCAGGCAUGGAUGAACAGAUCGCCUCGGACUUCGCGUACGCUAAGCAGCUGCAGGAGAUGGAGGACCUGACCAUUGAAGGUGACGAUAUAAGCUGCGUACCUUCUCCAUCUGACACAGAUGAUGAUCACGACCACAACGAAGAAGAGGCUGACAGGCAGGAUGGUAAUGAUGAUCCUGACAACAUGACUUAUGAGCAAAGGCAAGAACUUGUGGAAUCAGUGGGGAUUGAGGGCAGAGGUUUAUCUGAUGACCUCAUCUCCUAUCUGCAAUCAUGGAAGUACAAAUCAUCGGGAUUUUUCUCAAGGAAGACUAACCAUGAAGAUUGUCCUAUAUGCUUGAAUACUUUCAAACACCGAGAAAGUCUCAUAACAUUGCCGUGCAAGCAUAAUUACCACGCAGUUUGUGUUACCAAAUGGCUUAAGAUCGACAAGACCUGCCCUAUUUGCAAAUAUGAAGUUUUUGGACCGUCCUAGUAUGCGACCAGAAGAACAUCACCAAAGCUGACAGAUGAUGAGACGUCACAAGCUGGUUGUAUCGUCUACUUGUCAGCGCUGAAGAAAAAAAAAAGAAGAAAAAAGACUUAAACCCCAAAAAAAAUGAAAAAGAACAAAAAAUAUUGUAAAGCUAAAUGCUUGGUCAUGAAUCCUAAAGGUGUUUUUCUUUUACCUUUGGCUUUUUGGAAUAUGGAAAUGUACUUAAGCUUCACAAUCUUAUAUAUGUUAAGAGUUUUUUUUUUUA